UCCCACGUGACUUUGGAGUGUCGUCACACCCGGAAGCAGCCCUGCAACGGAGCGGGCAGCAAUGAGUGGGGAGCCGGGGCAGGUGUCCGUAGUGCCCCCUCCCGGGGAGGUGGAAGCAGGCAGUGGAGUCCACAUCGUGGUGGAGUACUGUAAACCCUGCGGCUUUGAGGCGACCUACCUGGAGCUGGCGAGCGCCGUGAAGGAGGAGUAUCCGGGCAUCGAGAUUGAGUCGCGACUCGGGGGGACAGGGGCCUUCGAGAUUGAGAUCAAUGGACAGCUGGUGUUCUCCAAGCUGGAGAAUGGGGGGUUUCCUUAUGAAAAAGACCUCAUGGAAGCCAUCCGAAAAGCCAGCAAUGGAGAACCCUUAGAAAAGAUCACCAACAGCCGGCCACCCUGUGUCAUCCUGUGACUAAAAGCGAUUCUCAGAAGCUUGGUUCUGGGGUUUAAACCUUUGUUUCCUUGCAGUUACGCUAGGAAUCCCCUUUACCUUUAGCUCCUCACUCAGCCCUAGGUAGCUAAGGCCCUAACUUCACUUUGCCUCUUUGGGCACAAGGAGGGACUAGACAUUUCUGUGGUCCAAGGCAGAAAAGAGAUGUUCUCCGUGGACAUUUGCACCGUCUCCUCUCGUCCCUUUCCGGGGAUCUGUGCCCUCUGCAGUGUGGUCCUCUUCCCCCCAAGCGUGGCAAUACCUUGCAGAUGCCACAGUUGCUAUAACUUAUGUUCCGUGAGUCCCAGGCAGUGUCUUGGCAAUAAAGAGUAACUACAAUACACA